AUGAGAACUCACCGCGUGGAGCUAAUCUCACUGAUGAACCGCCCGAUCCAGGUGAAGCCGGCGGACAGUGAGAGCAGAGGGGAAGACCGGAAGCUGUUCGUGGGAAUGUUGGGGAAGCAGCAGACGGACACGGACGUCCGGAAGAUGUUCGAGCCGUUCGGGAGCAUAGAGGAGUGUACGGUGCUGCGAGGCCCCGACGGCACCAGCAAAGGUUGUGCGUUUGUGAAGUUUCAGACCAACGCCGAGGCUCAGGCUGCUAUCAAUGCUCUUCACGGGAGCCGCACUUUACCGGGGGCCUCGUCCAGUCUGGUGGUGAAGUUCGCCGACUCGGAGAAGGAGCGCGGUCUGAGGCGCAUGCAGCAGGUGGCAUCGCAGCUGGGAGUCAUCAGCCCCAUGACCCUCCACCUCGGGGCCUACAACGCCUACACGCAGGCCUUGAUGCAGCAGCAGGCGUUGGUGGCUCAGUCUGCCUACCUGUCGCCCGUGGCAACCGUCGCCGCCGUGCAGAUGCAGCAGCUCGCGGCGCUCAACCCCAGCAGCAUCAUCGCCACGCCCAUCGCCUCCAUCACGCCCUCCUCAGGCACAGGAGGAAGUCAAAUGUUGUCAUUCCUUUCAGGUACCAGCACUCCUCCCUCGAUCGCAGGCACACCUGUCCCCGCGCUGCCUCCUUCCAUCGCCGUCAACAGCUACACUGCAGCGCCCCCUAAUGGCCAGUCCGCCACAGAGGCCCUGUACACCAACGGGGUCCACGCCUACCAAGCUCAGAGUCCGGUCCUGGACCCUCUGCAACAGGCGUACACAGGCAUGCAGCACUACACAGCCACGUACCCCGCAGCCUACGGCCUGGUGGGGCAGCCCUUCCCUCAUCAGCCCACUCUGGUGGCACAGCAGCCGCAGCAGCCGCAGCAGCUGCAGCAGCGAGAGGGUCCCGAGGGCUGUAACAUCUUCAUUUACCACCUGCCGCAGGAGUUCACCGACUCCGAGAUCCUCCAGAUGUUUCUGCCGUUUGGAAACGUCAUCUCGGCAAAAGUGUUCGUCGACCGAGCCACAAACCAGAGCAAGUGUUUCGGGUUUGUGAGUUUCGACAACCCGUCCAGCGCCCAGACCGCCAUCCAGGCCAUGAACGGCUUCCAGAUCGGGAUGAAGAGGCUGAAGGUGGUGUUAGGUGGUGUUGGGUGGUGUUGGGUAGUGUUAGGUGGUGUUGGGUGGUGUUGGGUGGUGUUGGGUAGUGUUGGGGGGUGUUGGGUGGUGUUGGGUGGGUGGUGGGGGGUGUUGGGUGGUGUUGGGGGGUGUUGGGUGGUGUUGGGUGGUGUUGGGGGUGUUGGGUGGUGUUGGGUGGUGUUGGGGGGUGUUGGGUGGUGUUGGGUGGUGUUGGGUGUGUUGGGUGGUGUUGGGUGGUGUGGGGGGUGGGUGGUGUUGGGUGGUGUUGGGUGGUGUUGGGGGGUGUUGGGGGGUGUUGGGGUGUUGGGUGGUGUUGGGUGGUGUUGGGUGGUGUUGGGUGGUGUUGGGUGGUGUUGGGUGGUGUUGGGUGGUGUUGGGUGGUGUUGGGUGGUGUUGGGGGGGUGUUUGGGGGGUGUCGGGUGGUGUCGGGUGGUGUCGGGUGGUUGCUGUGCCACAGUUUUUUCCAUGUGGUGCUUUUUGCCAUUAGCUUUAUGA